UAUACAUACCGACAUAUAGUUAGGUAAAAAACAAGGUGAUUUAGUUCAACACAAAUUUCUGAAGAUGUGUUUUUCUAUGAAGAAGUUUGUUUCAACAUUGUUUAUUUGGUCAAGAAGGUGGUAAAUCCUCGCACUUCACUCACAGUUAAAAAUAAUGAAUUAAGUUACUGAUUACUCUCGCAUUUGAGCGCUCGUGUCUUUGACCACAGCUUUUCUAAAGCACCUGUCUAUCAGAUCAUGACGUUUCGUGGCUAGGCUGCCAACUCUAGCUUUUCGCUAUCCGUGAAUUUAAGUUUAUGUAGCAAUUUUUCUCGAAGCAAACCACAUAUCAAUAGAAAAACAUGUCUUCGAAGGAAAAGGGUCAUAUACGCACUUUGGCAUUAAUGGUGACAUCUGCGGCUAUUGGGGGAACAUUACAAUAUGGAUAUAACCUGGCCAUUAUGAACGCACCGACUGUUUUCAUUCAGAACUUCAUUAAUGAGACAUUUCAAGAGCGAUGGGGAAUAGAGCUGGAGGUGUUUGAGGUCACACUUAUAUGGACUGUUAUAGUCUCCAUCUUCUCAUUGGGAGGUUUAAUAGGGGCCCUGGUGGCCGGGCCAAUGUCUAUCCGUUUUGGGAGGAAGAAGACUUUGUUGCUGAAUAACAUCUUCUUAUUGUCAAGCUCACUUCUAGCAUUGUUGAGCCGAACAGCAAAGUCUUUUGAGAUGAUUAUUAUCUCCAGAAUUUUGGUUGGCAUAAACGCAGGUAUCAGUAUGAAUGUGCAACCCAUGUAUUUUGGUGAAAGUGCACCGAAGCAUUUAAGAGGCGCUGUGUCUCUGUCCUCAGCUGUAUUUACUUCAUUUGGUGUGGUGUUGGGACAGGUCGUAGGUCUGAGUGAGUUGUUAGGUAGUGAGCCAUGUUGGCACUACUUACUGGCCAGUAAUGCUAUCCCAGGCAUCCUUCAACUUCUCACCUUGCCCUGGUUUCCAGAGAGUCCUCGCUACCUCCUCAUUGACCGUGGGGACAAAGAGGCCUGCUUACAGGCACUACGCAGUCUUCGAGGCUGUGAUGUGAAUAAAGCAGAGCUGGAUGAAAUUCUGGAGGAACAGAAUGAAACCAAAGGAGAGAGAGCCAAACGGCCAUGGGAGCUCUUCAGUGACCGCAGCAUUCGCUGGCAGCUCAUCUCUGUAGCGGUCAUUAGCAGUGCCAUGCAGCUGUGCGGGAAUGAUUCGAUUUACUUCUAUGCAUCAUAUGUGUUUCAAGAAGCAGGUAUAUCUCCAGGUCUUAUCCAAUAUGUGACAAUCGGCACAGGGAUGUGCGAAUUCAGCGCUUGUAUUUUGUGUAACUUGUUAAUAGAAAGGCUGGGUAGAAAGAUGAUGUUGAUGGGCGGCUAUGUUCUCAUGACAGGCUGUGCUAUAGUCUUCACUGUGGCUCUUUCGCUGGAGCAUAUGUAUGACUGGAUGUCUUUCCUAAGCAUGGCUUGUGUCUUCACUUAUAUUCUCAGCUUUGGGAUGGGACCAGCUGGCGUGACUGUAAUCCUCCCAACGGAAUUGUUUAACCAGACAGCACGUCCUGCUGCUUACAUGAUCUUUGGGUCUUUAUUGUGGCUGAACCUCUUUGUUGUUGGGAUGGUCUUUCCUUUUCUUGUGAAUGGUUUGGGCCAGUAUUGCUUUGUGCCUUUUGGAGCCGUAUGCAUUCUGUCUGCUGUAUAUGUUCUGAUGGUUCUACCAGAAACCAAAGGAAAGACCCUACCAAUGAUCACUAGAGAGUUUUACCAUCUUAACUACCGUGGAGAGGAUAAGAUGGAUCCAGGGAGAAAACAAGCCCAUUAUCAACCAGGGAAAAUCUAUCAUUCAACUGCUUUAUAAAGCAUGCUUUCUAGUUUGUUAAAUAUUCCCAUUAAAACAUUUUCUUUUAUUAGAAAAUGAAUCUUUUAAAGCGUACAUAUCAUGAAAAUCUGACUUUUCCAUGUUUUAGUGCUAAAAUUGGUCACCAGUGCUUCUAUAAAAAUAAAAAAUGUGAAAAAGAAUUACCCAAUAAAUUAAUUAGUUUUGGUAAACCAUUCUCUGCAAGCAUGUGAAAAAAUAGGUAAAUGAAAUUUGGCUCUCCUUGUGAUGUCAAAAGGGGAUUGUAUUAUAAUAUUACAGCCCCUUAAUCUGCACUAUCCAACCACGGCACUGCCACUUAAUGCAAAGAUAGAGAAAAUCAGAGGAUGGGUACAUGGUGGUCAUAAAGGGAUCGACGUGGUCAGAAACAAUGCUCAGGUAGGCUGUGGCAUUUAAAUGAUGCCCAAUUGGCACUAAGGGGCCUAGUGUGCCAAGAAAACAUCCCCCACACCAUUACACAACCACCAGCAGCCUGCACAGUGGUAACAAGGCAUGAUGGAUCCAGGUUAUCAUUAUGUUUACACCAAAUUCUGACUCUACCAUCUGAAUCUCUCAACAGAAAUCGAGACUCAUUAGACCAGGCAAAAUUUUUCUGUCUUUAACUGUCCAGUUCUGGUGAGCUCGUGCAAAUUGUAGAAUCUUUUUCCUAUUCGUAGUGGAGUUGAGUGGUACACGGUGGGGUCUUCUGCUGUUGUAUCCCAUCCGCCUCAAGGUUGUGCGUGUUAUGGCUUCACAAAUGCCUUGCUGCAUACCUCGGUUGUAACGAGUGGUUAUUUCAGUCAAAGUUGCUCUUCUAUCAGCUUAAAUCAGUCGGCCCAUUCUCCUCUGACCUCUAGCAUCAACAAGGAAUUUUCGCACACAGAACUGCCACAUACUGGAAGUUUUUCCCUUUUCACACCAUUCUUUGUAAACCCUAGAAAUGGUUGUGCGUAAAAAUCCCAGUAACUGAGCAGAUUGUGUGAUUUUCUUGACCAGGAGGACCGUACCCCUAAAUGCAUUGAAGCAACCCCCGUGUGAUUGGUUGAUUAGAUAAUUGCAUUAAUGAGAAAUUGAACAGGUGUUCCUAAUAAUCCUUUAGGUGAGUGUAUAUGCUAAAAAACUAAAUGUUUUAUUUAUCACUAAGACCCUCCUGUUCUUUCUAGUUUGUUUCAGAAAUCCAUUCUUUAACCAUGCAUUGUUGUAUCACCCCUUUUGGUUCCCCAUUUAUAUCUUUUUUCCUUUUUAUACUGUCUGAACAUUUUCCCACUACAAAAAAAAAAACAUUUUGUGAAAUACUCUCUAUGAGACCAAACAGCCAAAAAACUAAAAUGUUUAUUGUUUGGCAUUGUUUAUACAAAACUUUCCAUUAUUUAAAGAAAGCUUAAAAUGCAAAGUUAAAAACAAAGCCAUUGUGUUGUUUCAUCCGAAGCUUUGAUACAGGAGAUCCGCUCAGAUAUUGGCUUAGCUGAUUUUGGCACGAUCCUUGAGGUUGUACAGUUAUAAGAUCCUUCAGCAUGUUUCUCCUGUAGGUCAAUGUGACUCAGCAACUCUUCUGGUUUACCCCUGUAGCUUUUCUAUGGCAACCAACAGUAUUAGCUCUGAAAGCACAUAAUACAGGCUGCUUUCUAACAGAUCAAGACUCUAGUACAAAGCAAGCACCCUACUGCUAAAUUUAGUGUUGCUUAUUUCUUAAGUCUGUACAACUGGAUAAACAUACUUAGAAUUUCAAGUCUUAAUAAUUGUAAAUUAAACAUGUUGAACUGUUUUAACUGCUCAUUAAAAAUAAAUGUAAUGCAAAGUCAGUACACAGUAGUUGUGAAAUCCCUAGAAAAGCAAUAUAAACCUACAAUAUAUAUUGAACAGUAUUCUAAAGUGCUGACGACAACCAGGUACUUUUGCAUUGGUUACUUUUUGCAUUUCUUGGGGUAAAAACUAGUAAGUCAUUAUUAUGAUUAUAUACAGUAAGCUCUAGAUUCUCAUUGGUAAUAAUUACCUCAAUCCUAUGGUUAUAAAAAGUUGCUUAGACUUCGGACCAUGGUGUUAAGGGGAAAGAGAGGUUGUCAAUUUUUUAUGUUUUAGAUAUUUUAAUGAUUUACAGCAAGUUUACACACAUUUCUGUAAAAAAUGUUUCAAAAUAAAAUUUUCAUAUGACUUAAACCUGUUUUACACCAUUCUAAAGCUUACUGUGACCCUUUGCAUCAGGGUGCCCUUCUGCAGUUUGCUUGUUUUACAUCUGUAGCUUUGCUUGAUAAAUUGCUACAAAUCUGAACAAUGCAAAUAUAACAAAUCACAUAAUGGUAAAUACAAGGGGGUCUACCUUAAACUUAAUUGGUUACUGUAGUAGGCAUGCUCACAUUUCUCAGAGUAAAUAUAUAUUAUUUAACACAUUUAAAUAUAUACUGUAUAUGUAAAAAUACUGUUUUAGUCCAAAUUUUUGUAACAUUUAGAGAAAUUUAUGUUGUUUGUGUCUGAUGCCAUUGAAGCUGGGUCUUUACUUUGAAAUGGUAUGGACUGUAUAAAGGUUUAAUCAGAUUGGCUGUGGGAACCUCA